AUGAACACGAUCGAUAACAACGACGUCGAUGGUGCUGAGGCUGGUGGUGGUAGUGGCAGUGGCAGUCUUAGUAAUAGCGGUAGCGGUGAUGAACUCUCGUCUUCACUAGAGAGAUCACAAUCACAACCACAAACGCGAAUUACCGAAUUACCGAAUAAACCCCCAAACUCAAUAUUUGAGAGGAGACCAAGUACUUCAGACAAACCAUCACUAUCCGUCUCAACCUCGUCCGCGAAACUAUCUCCUUCCAAACGACAAUCUUUCAUGUCCCCCAUGAUUACAAGUCUCUCAGUCAAAACGGAUUUUGCAUCGCCGAAACAGAAGAAUGCGAUUCCACAUUUCCUCAACUACUCAUCGAACGUAUUGAUGAGCAAAUUCAUAGCUCUGAGAAAUCAUGAACAAACGCUCAGAACUAUACCAAAUACAUUAAUACAUCACCCUGUUGUAGUAUCGCGCAAUAGAUAUAGCGAUGUCUAUCCAUGGGAACAUCAUCGAAUUAAUCUCCAUUCACUACAAUUUGGUUAUAUAAAUGCAUCGCCCAUCGCACUUCGCACUGCGAAUGGAAGUGGAGAGGAGCAGGAAAAUUAUAUUGCGACGCAAGGACCAAGGGAUAAUGGAAAUGAUGGGGGAUUGUUUUGGGAAAUGUGUUGGCAGGAGAAUGCAGAGGUGGUGGUUAUGCUGACGAGACCGGUUGAAGAGGGAAAGGAAAAAUGUGGUGUUUAUUAUGCGGAGGAUGUGGACGAGAUUAAGACGAUUGGAGGUUGGGAGGUUAGAUGUGUGGGAAAGGAAGAAGAGGGGGGCACCGUUCGGAGGACAUUAAAAGUCAAGAGAGUAAAGAGAGCGGCGAGUAGUGUGAGCACAAAAAGCAGUGCGAGUGUUGGGAAUGGAACGGUCGAGACGAUUGAAACAAUAGCAGAGGAUAACCCUGGAACAGAAAAGGAAUCAGAAAAUACAACGGAGGAAUUACAAGAGGAAGAAGCAGAAGCAGAAGCGGAGGCUGAAGUUGAAGAACGUACAAUCCACCAUUUCCUCUUCGAAUCUUGGCCCGAUAACGACAUCCCUCAAUCACCAGCCGAUAUACAUGCCCUCCUCUCCCUCCUCGACGUCUCACGCGCAGCCAACAAUCAUUCAACCACUCCUCGUAUAAUUCAUUGUUCGGCAGGUGUUGGUCGUACUGGCACAUUCAUCGCGCUAGAUCACCUUCUGAGGGAACUAGAAAUGGGCCAUCUGGAUGGAUUGUCGAAAGAAAAAGAUCCGGUCUAUGAAACAGUAAAGAGACUGAGGGAUCAGAGAAUGUUGAUGGUGCAUAGAGUUGCGCAGUUUGUGAUGAUUUAUAACGUUUUGAAAGAGAAGUGGCUGGAGAGGGAAAGAGAAAGGAUUUCGAAGGAGAAAGACGGAGACACGGAUGUUGAGGCGGAAGCUGAGACUCCUGGGGCCGGCUCGGUGAAAAAGAGGAAAUUUGGUGGGCUGGGCCGCACGAGUGAGGAAAGUAGAAAUGGAGCUGGUGUGAAAUCUCCCCAAGCGUGA